GUCAUAUGAUUAUACAUGUAGGCCUACGGAGGGAAGCUGAUAUUGAUCGUCUAUAUUGUUUCAUAAAUUAUGGCGAUUUGUUCGAGACUGUAGCCGCUUAAAACAGCAGAAAGCAGACUGAAUCAUUGAAAAACCCUUUUUACUCCUUGAGCUUUUGAGAGGAGAAGAGACUUGGCCCUGAAGUGAGUGUAACACAACUUUUAAGGAUGGGGUCCAUGUUCCGUAGUGAGGAGAUGACGCUGUGUCAGCUGUUUCUCCAGUCCGAGGCUUCGUAUGCCUGUGUGUCGGAGCUUGGUGAGCUGGGACUGGUCCAAUUCAGAGACUUGAAUCCAGAUGUAAAUGCUUUUCAAAGGAAGUUUGUGAAUGAAGUCAGACGUUGUGAUGAAAUGGAAAGGAAACUGAGAUUUUUGGAGAAGGAAAUAAAGAAAGAUGGCAUCCCGAUGUUGGAUACGGGUGACAACCCAGACGCGCCUGCACCUCGUGAGAUGAUAGACUUGGAGGCUACCUUUGAGAAGCUGGAGAAUGAAAUGAAGGAAGUCAAUGCUAAUUCGGAGGCCCUGAAGCGGAAUUUCUUAGAACUCACCGAACUCAAGCACAUCCUUCGGAAAACACAGACAUUCUUUGAUGAGGCUGAACUUCAUCACUCUCAGGCCUUACAUGACCCGUCUCUCACGGAGGAGAACCUAGGCCUACUGGGAGAGGAAGCUCAGCGCACAGGACAAGCUCUCCGGCUAGGGUUUGUGGCUGGUGUUAUACUACGAGAAAGAAUCCCAGCAUUUGAGCGUAUGUUGUGGAGGGUGUGCAGAGGAAACGUGUUCCUACGUCAGGCUGAAAUUGACAACCCUUUGGAGGACCCUGUCACAGGCGACCAAGUAGACAAGUCUGUAUUCAUUAUCUUCUUCCAAGGGGAACAACUGAAAUCUCGAGUGAAGAAGAUCUGUGAAGGAUUCCGAGCCACGUUAUACCCGUGUCCAGAAACACCAGCUGAAAGGAGGGAGAUGGCCAUCGGUGUGAUGACGCGUAUUGAAGAUCUGAAUACUGUGCUGAGUCAGACCCAGGACCACAGACAUCGUGUUUUGGUUGCUGCAGCACGUAACAUAAAGGUUUGGUUCAUCAAGGUGAGAAAGAUCAAAGCUAUCUACCACACACUCAACAUGUUCAACCUGGACGUCACCCAAAAAUGUCUCAUCGCCGAGUGCUGGUGUCCAGUGGGUGACCUUGACCGCAUUCAGCAGGCACUCCGGAGGGGCACGGAAAGAAGCGGCAGCUCUGUGCCGUCGAUUCUCAACCGAAUGAUGACAAAACAAGUUCCACCUACCUACAACCGCACAAACAAAUUCACCCAGGCAUUCCAGAACAUAGUGGACGCCUACGGUGUGGCCAGUUAUAGAGAGGUCAAUCCAGCCCUGUAUACCAUCAUCUCCUUCCCGUUUCUAUUCGCUGUCAUGUUUGGUGACACGGGACACGGUAUCAUCAUGUUCCUGUUUGCACUAGGCCUAGUGUUAAAGGAGAAGCAGAUACAGGCCAAGAAAAUUGAUAACGAGAUCUUUGAGAUAUUCUUCAGUGGUAGGUAUGUAAUACUGUUGAUGGGGGCGUUCUCUCUCUACACCGGCCUCCUCUACAAUGACUUCUACUCCAAGUCUGUCAACAUAUUCGGCUCCUCCUGGUAUCCAGUAGAUCCCCAAACUAAUCAAACAUAUACAUUGAAGACAUUGAAUGGAUCAGAGAACCUUGUUUUGGAUGUGAGGACGAGCUAUGUCAUUGGACCUUAUCCGUUUGGUCUCGACCCGGUAUGGUCAAUGUCCAAGAACAAGAUUACAGUGACCAACUCAAUUAAGAUGAAGUUGUCGGUGAUCCUCGGAGUAACCCAGAUGUUUUUUGGAGUUGCUCUCAGCCUUGUCAAUAACAGAUAUUUUAACAAAGCUAUCAACAUAUACUGUGAGUUUAUACCCCAGGUGAUCUUCCUCUUCUGUAUGUUUGGUUACCUCAUCAUCUUGAUCUUCGUCAAGUGGACAACCUUCACAUACAAGGACACUGGCAACGCCCCCAAUCUACUUAUAGGGUUGAUAAACAUGGUCCUGUUUGCCUACAGUGACACCGCUCAGCCUAGUGUUCGUCCUUUCUACUCUGGUCAGAAAGGGCUGCAGAUCUUCCUUGUGUUACUGGCCCUGGCCUGUGUACCGUGGAUGUGGUUCACCAAGCCCUUCCUGCUGCGACACUGGCACAGAUACGGACAGUCCAGUAGGUGUGGUAGGUCACAAUAUGAGAGCGUUCCUCUCGCUGAUGAGGAGGAAGAGGAGGUGAUCUACCACUCUGAAAACCCAGACACGGCCCAUAUGGAGGAAGACGAGGAGGAAUUCAACUUUGAGGAAGUGUUUGUUCACCAGUCAAUACACACCAUUGAGUACUGUCUGGGCUGUAUAUCCCACACAGCCUCUUACCUCCGACUCUGGGCCCUUAGCUUAGCCCAUGCCCAGUUGUCCGAGGUCCUGUGGAAGAUGGUAUUACACAUUGGGCUGGCCAUGGACCAUGGAAUCCUGGGUGCAUUUGUUACUGUGCCCCUGUUUGCAUUCUGGGCGGUGCUGACUGUUGUCGUUUUAGUUGUCAUGGAGGGUCUGUCUGCAUUCCUCCAUGCUCUCCGUCUACAUUGGGUGGAGUUCCAGUCAAAGUUUUACUCAGGUGAAGGAUAUAAGUUCCAACCAUUCUCCUUUGAAAACAUGAUGGAGUACGCCAUUGAGGAUUAAAUGGACUUUAAGUGAACAAUGUAGA